AUGCUAAACUCCGUGCCCCCGGGACUCCGGCACAAGUACCGCGCCAUCCUCGAGGACCAAAUGAGCGAGGUCAAAGAGCGCUACCUCGAGGUGAUGCACCGGAUCUGCCUUACCUGCGUCCUAAGCCUCGAGGGUGCAGGCGACUGGGUGCCCGAUCCGCCCUACAAGCUGGACGGCCGUACGGAAAACUACCCGAAUUUCCUGCGCAAUCGGCGCUCCUUUGCCAGCAGGUACCACCUGUCGCACAAGGUCCCCCGGGCGAUCGUCACGAGAGCAGCCAGGAAGCUACCUCCUCUGAUCGUCGACUUCUCCAAGCACAGGCAGCUGGGCUACCUUGAUUUUCACGAGUUUGCCGAGCAGGUGAAGGCCGAGCUCGACCGGGGCGCGCUCACGAUAGCCGUGUCCUACCACAGCGACGUGGCGAGACUCGUCGGCCAGUACACGCGCGCCUGCCAGGCCGCCCCCGGACUGGCUCGCUGCUGCGGUGGGUUGCUUGCCCUGCAGAUUAUGGAUCGGAUGACCGCUACCGUGGAGAACCUCCUCACCGCGAUGAGCCAACCGCGACACUCGGCACCGCUACUCGUCCUGACCCUGAAAUGCGAGAACAACGACUUGUUUGUCAGUCCGUUGUUGCGCGAGGUGUACGCGACCUUCCACUCGUUUCUGGACGCGAUCGGCCACUCGGCCCGGCAACUGCCUACGGUCGAGUCCCUGGUGAGGCUGAGGCGUAGCGAGGCUCAGGGCGCAGCACGAUUGCCUGAUUGGUACUUGAGCGAGUGCCACGAGAAGCUGGACGGGGUCUUGGACGCGGCGUUCGCUCCAGUGGUUGGUUACGUGGAGGGUGUCCGGGAUAAGUUUCGGAUGGUGUACGACCCGGAGAUGCAGAGGAGGCAGGUGGCGAGGAUCGUCGAGGGCGAGGACUUUGACGCGUGCCUCGAGAAACUCGACGAGUUCAACAGAUCCGUCGCCGACGUCCACGGGAUGACGAAAAACGAGUACUAUCCAAACUGCAAGCUGCACCAGGAGAACGCGAAAAACGGGCUGAAACUGUACGCGGACCAAGUGAGGGAGGUGAUUAUCAACGAGCUCGUCGUCAGACACAAGAAUUUCAACAUUGACGUCUGCUCCGAAUACGAAGCCAUAAAAAAUCGAGCUCUGGAUAUACCCGAGGAGACCAAGGAACUGCUCGAGCUCGGACGGUACAUGCUGCACGUGCAGAUGGUCAAGUUGAACGAGCUCCACGACAGGGUCACGGAGUCGCUGAGGAUGCUGUCGUCGCUCUUCGAAAUGACCUCGUUGGCCAAGGACCACGUCAAGCUCAACAACGCGACGUUCAACUGGUUGCAGAACAUCAAGCCCGUUCUCGAGAAAAACAGCGCGCUGUACGAGCAGAAAAAGUUCGAGCUCGAGGACAGGUUGCAGAGGAAGAUGUACGAGCUCAACAAGAGGGUCGAGGAUACGUUCCCGAGGCUACUGCUGAUUGACGCCAUGGACGACGCGAACCGGGUGGGGGAGUACAUCGAGUUUAUGCGGAAGUUUGCUCGCGACUUGGAUCGCAUGAGCACCGACGUUGACUGGAUCAACCGGGAACAGGAUCUCUUUGGCUUCCCCAAGAGCUCGUACCCCCGUAUCGAGGAGCUGCAGGAGCAGGCCAUCAUGCCCUUUUACACGCUGAUAGUUAGAGCCCACCAGUGGCAGAGGCACCUCGCCGUUUGGCUCGACGGGCCCUUUGAGUUCAUGGAUUCUGGUUUCGUGGAGGCCAAGACGACCGAGUACUUCCAGGAUUUCUCCAAGAUGAGCAAGACCUUCAAAACGAGGAUCAAGAUGCAGCUGGCCAUGAACUGCCCUUACGCAUUUUCCGGCUCCGUCGACGACCCGGACUACCAUCAGCAGCCAGCGCCCAUGAAGCUGUGCCACCAGCUGCUCGAAAACGUCAAGUGGUUCAAACACUACGUCCCGUUGGUGAUGUGCUUCUGCAACCCAGCGCUGAACCAGCGUCACUGGGACGAGAUGAGCCAAAUCGCGGGCUUCGACCUGACGCCCAACGCCGGAACGACCCUUCGGAAGAUCGUUGGCAUGAACCUGAUGGACCAGAUCGACUUGUACGAGCAAGUGAGCGUAGGAGCGACCAAAGAGCUUGGGCUGAAGGAGCUGCUCGAGAGACUGGAGACCGAGUGGAAGGACGUGUACUUUACGACGAUGCCCUUCAAGGACACCAAAGUCAACAUCCUCACGCAGCUGGACGACAUUCAAGCCCUACUCGAGGAACAGAUCGUCAAAGUUCAAGCGAUGCGAGGCUCGGCAUUUGUGAAGCCCAUCGCUGCCGAGGUCAGGGAUUUUUACGAGCUCAUACUUCGGAUUCAAAUGACCCUGGACGAGUGGGCCAAGGUGCAAGUGCAAUGGAUGUAUCUGUUGCCGAUAUUCUCGAGCAAGGACAUCGUCGCCCAACUCCCCGAGGAGGGCAUACUGUUCGGCGAGGUGGACGGGACGUUCCGCAAAGCUAUGCAGAGCGUCUUUAGGGAGCCGAGUGUUCGCGUGACAGCUGGCUCGGCGGGUCUUUACGAAGCGAUGAAAGAGUCGAACGAAAUAAUGGAACGGGUGAACGACGGGGUGACGAAUUACCUGGAGAAGAAGAGGCUCUUCUUCCCGCGGUUUUUCUUUUUGAGCAACGACGACAUGCUCGAGAUACUCUCCGAGACAAAGGACCCCUUGCGGGUGCAGCCUCAUUUGAAGAAGUGCUUCGAGGGCAUCGCUAAACUUGGAUUCGACCAAAAGCUCAACAUUUAUUCCAUGGUGAGCGACGACAAGGAGGAAAUUAAUUUCGUCGAAACGAUAUCGACGGAAGCGGCUCGCGGUUGCGUUGAGAGGUGGCUUCUACAAGUCGAAGAACAGAUGGUUAUCUCGGUGAGACAGGAGGUGCUGUUGAGCUAUCGGGACUACGAGGUCAAUCGUCGAGUCGACUGGGUGAGAAUGUGGCCAGGCAUGGUCGUGCUGUGCGUCUCCCAAAUUUAUUGGAGCAUACAAGUUCAGGGCGCGCUCAUGACGCACAUGGAGUCGACGAUCAAGACGCUCUAUCAGACCCUGAGAAAGCAAAUUAUAGACGUGGUUAAUUUAGUCAAGGGUCAGCUCUCAAAGCAGAACCGCACGACGUUAAACGCCCUGAUAACGAUAGACGUGCACGCGCAAGACGUCGUCAAGUCGCUCAUGGAUAAAAAGAUUACAAGCGAGACCGAUUUCGAGUGGCUCGCGCAGUUGCGCUACUAUUGGGAGGACGACGUCAUCGUGAGGAUAAUAAACGCCAGCGUGCCUUUCGCCUACGAGUACUUGGGAAAUUGUCCUCGACUCGUUAUAACACCCCUAACCGAUAGGUGCUAUCGAACCCUGAUCGGUGCCUACUAUCUGCACCUGAACGGUGCCCCGGAAGGUCCCGCGGGUACCGGUAAGACCGAGACCACGAAAGACCUGGCGCGCGCCUUGGCGGUCCAGUGCGUCGUGUUCAACUGUUCCGAGGGCCUCGACUACAAAAACAUGGGCAAGUUUUUCAAAGGUCUGGCCUCGUGCGGGGCUUGGGCGUGUUUCGACGAGUUCAACCGCAUCGAGCUCGAGGUGUUGUCCGUCGUCGCCCAGCAGAUCCUUUGCAUCGUCCAAGCCGUGCGCGCCAAACUCGAAACCUUCAUAUUCGAGGGCACCGAGCUGAAGCUCAACCCAGCUGUGUACGUCUGCAUCACAAUGAAUCCAGGCUACGCCGGUCGUUCCGAGCUUCCGGACAACCUGAAGGUGCUCUUCAGAACCGUUUCGAUGAUGGUGCCCUCAUAUCAGCUCAUUGGAGAAAUAACGCUCUACUCGUACGGGUUCGUCGACGCCCGAGCACUCGCCGAGAAGAUCGUUUACACGUACAAGCUGUGCUCCGAGCAGUUGAGUUCACAGAGCCACUACGACUACGGGAUGCGAGCGGUUAAGACGGUCCUAGUCGCCGCGGGCAACCUGAAGCUCAAGUACAGCAAUGAGAACGAGUCGAUACUGCUGCUGCGCUCGAUCAUUGACGUCAAUUUGCCCAAAUUUCUCGCCCACGACGUUCCUCUCUUCCAAGGGAUCAUCUCGGAUUUGUUUCCUGGUGUUGAACUGCCGACGCCAAACUACGAUGUUCUCUUGAGGGCCAUCGACGUGGUGGCGAAGAAACGCAAUCUCCAGACGACCGAUGGGUUUUUGCUGAAGAUCAUACAGACUUACGAGAUGAUGCUUGUCAGGCAUGGCUUCAUGCUCGUCGGUGAUCCUUGUGGAGGAAAAACGACUGUACUCCACACCCUGGCAGACGCCUUGACUCUCAUGCACGAGUGGGAAGACGAGAACGGAGCGGUCACGAGAUACGUGGUGAUAAAUCCCAAGUCGAUAACAAUGGGCCAAUUGUACGGUCAAUUCGAUCCCGUUUCAUCCGAAUGGACGGACGGUGUUUGCGCCGUUGCCUUCAGGAGGUUCUGCAGUGAAGAGUCGGCUGACAGGAAAUGGCUGAUAUUCGACGGGCCCGUUGACGCGGUCUGGAUCGAGAACCUGAACACCGUACUGGACGACAAUAAAAAAUUGUGCCUGACCUCGGGAGAAGUCAUGCAAAUGACGAACGUCAUGUCGAUGAUUUUCGAGGUCAUGGAUCUGACGCAAGCAUCUCCAGCCACGGUUUCUCGGUGUGGUAUGAUUUACAUCGAACCACACGUGUUGGGUUGGCGACCGACCGUCACGUCGUGGGUCAACAGUGCCAAUCCAGCCUGGAGGGAGAAUCACGAGGAGACCAUCAAUACACUGAUCGACUUGUACUUUGAUAUCUGUCUGGAGUUUACCAAGCGAAAGUGUACUAUGACAUUGACUAGCGGUCAGAUCAACCAGAUUACGUCGACCUUGAGUUUGAUAGACAUGUUCAUGGAUGACGCUGUCGAGGAGAACGCCGACGGUACGGAUUUCAAUCAGUACAUCGAUUUUUGGCUACAGGCUGCUUUUCUGUUGGCGUUGGUUUGGGGAAUCGGAGGAACGCUGGACGUCGAAUCGAGGGAAAAGUACAAUGAUUUCAUCACGACUAUCUGGAGGAAUGAGAAUCCCAACCAUCCGCUUCCCGAAGAAUUCCGUGAAACCAUUUCCCUGCCGAGUGAUGGUCUGAUACACGACAACUAUUUUGUUUUCAAGGGCAAAGGCAUGUGGAAGUUUUUCUUCGAUGUGGUCAAAGCGGAGCCCAUCGUAGAAACCCAAAGCAUCAGCCAGAUGCUCAUCCCGACGAUGGAUACGGUCAAGUACCAGCACAUUUUCCGGCGUCACAUAAAGUACAAGAAGAAAUUUCUCCUUUUUGGCAAGACCGGCACGGGAAAAAGCUUUUACAUCCAAGAUUUGAUGAUCAACAAGUUGAGCGGUGAAGAGUUUUUAUCCAAUUUCAUAACGUUCACCGCUAGAACAACAGCCGCGCAGACGCAGGAUCUUGUGAUAUCCAAGUUGUUCAAGAGAAGAAAAGGCCACUACGGUCCCAUGGCGAACACCCAAUGCGUCUGUUUCAUCGAUGACGUUAACAUGCCGGCAAAAGAGAUCUACGGCGCCCAGCCAGCCAUAGAACUGCUCCGUCAAUAUUUCGACCACGAGCAUUGGUACGACUUGAAGGAGCCCGAGGUGGUCAAAAUUUACGACAUCAUGUUCGUCUGCGCAAUGGCCCCGCCGGGUGGCAGUCGUCAAGAGCUGUACGCCAGAUUCCUGAGGCACUUCAAUUUGUACGAGAUCAGUGAAUUCUCAAAUGACAGCAUUUUUCGCAUAUUCACCAACGUCGCGCUUUUUGGACUGAAAAGACGAGGCUUCACAACAUCCGACGUCAACACAACGGUCAACAGCAUCGUGAACGCGACGACAGUCAUUUUCGAGGGCGCGAGAGCCGAGCUGCGACCCACUCCCGCGAAAUCGCACUACCUUUUCAAUCUUCGCGACUUUUCUCGCGUGAUAACCGGUUGUACGAUGAUCCGCAAGGAAUCGGCCGAAACUAAGGACAAGUUCAUACGGCUCUGGACCCACGAGAUCCUACGCGUCUUUGGAGACCGUUUGAUUGAUGCGACCGACAACGUGUGGCUUUUCGGGAGAAUCAGGGAAGCCGUCGAGAAAACGUUCAGAGAACCUUUCGACAACUUGUUCUCCGAUCUGCCGAGGUACGACGAAAAACUGACCGAAGAGAGUCUUCAGCAUCUGAUAUUUGGUAAUUUCAUGGACCCCGAAGCGCUUGCGGAAGAUCGCAAGUACGAGGAGAUCGCGUCAAUCGAGGAGUACAAGAAAGUAUCGCUGUUGUGCUUGGAGGAGUACAACAGUACUCACAAAAAUAAAAUGGACAUUGUCAUGUUCCGCUACGCUCUCGAGCAUCUUGCAAGGAUUUGCCGGACCCUAGCGAUUCCCGGUGGAAGCUUACUGAUGGUCGGAGUAGGUGGAUCUGGACGGCAAUCGCUAACCAAUCUGGCCGCCACAAUGACCGGCAGUGGAUUAUUCCAGCCGGAGAUCGGUAGUUCCUACGGGACCAACGAGUGGAGGGAUGACAUAAAAAAAGUCCUGAAAAUCGCCGGUAGCGGUAAAGAUACGGUGUUUUUAUUCACCGAAGCUCAGAUCAAGGACGAGUCCUAUCUGUCGGACAUCGACGGUCUCCUGAACUCUGGUGAAGUUCCAAAUCUGUUCAACGUUGAGGAGAAACAGGAGGUCGUUGAGAUGACGAGACUGGCAGCUCAGGGUGGCAAUCGAAACCUCGACAUCUCGGUCCUUUCGAUCCUGAGGUUCUUUGUGAAUCGUUGCAAGGAGAAGCUGCACGUGAUGCUCUGCUUCAGUCCUAUCGGAGAAUCGUUUAGAACGCGUCUAAGGAUGUACCCUAGCUUCGUGAAUUGCUGCACGAUCGACUGGUUUCAAAUCUGGCCGGAGGAGGCUCUUGAACAGGUCGCGCUUCGCAGCACCACGCACAUCGACGUGGCGGAAGAGGUGAAGACCAACGCUGUUAUCGCGUGCAAGUACUUCCACAAUUGCGCCAAGGAGAUGAGCGACCGUUUCUACAGAACACUGGGCCGAAAGACGUACGUGACAUCGGCGGCGUUUCUCGAUCUCAUCAGGGCUUUCGGGGUGCUCAUAAAGGAGAAACAGGAGGAAGUAUCGUUGGCUAGAGAUCGGUACAUCGGUGGGCUCGAGAAGCUCGAGUUCGCGGCCGAACAAGUCACCAAGAUGCAGAUGACCCUCACUUCUCUGCAGCCCCAGCUCAAGAAAUCGGCCAAACUGACCAUGGAAACGAUGAAGAAGAUCGAAAGUGAAAACUUGUCGGUCGAGCAGACCACGAAAAUCGUUAAAAAAGAGGAGGACGCAGCGAACAAGCAGGCCGAAGUGGCCGGUGCUCUGAAAGCCGAGUGCGAAGCCGACUUGGCCGAAGCGCUGCCCAUCCUCGACGAAGCUAUUGCUGCACUGAACACGCUGAAACCGGCCGACAUAACGCUCGUAAAGUCGAUGAAAAAUCCACCAGAGGGCGUUAAGCUCGUAAUGGCGGCCGUGUGCAUAAUGAUGAGCGUGCAACCCGAUCGUCUUACCGAUCCGACCACGGGCAGAAAGGUCCUGGACUACUGGGGCCCCAGCAAACGCAUCCUCAGUGACCUUAAAUUUCUCGACUACCUUCGAGACUACGACAAGGACAACAUCAACCCGAGCAUAAUGCAGACCAUCGAAAAAGUCUACUUGAAGGACGCAAACUUCGAGCCGUCCAAGGUGGCGAAGGCCUCUCAAGCUGCCGAAGGACUCUGCAAGUGGGUAAGAGCCUUGGUGCUCUACGACCGGGUGAUAAAAAUCGUCAAACCGAAGCAAGCGAAGCUUGCCGAGGCAGAGCAAAUGUUCGAAGAUACGAUGAACCUACUGAACAAAAAGCGACAGAUGCUGGCGGACCUCAACGCGAAACUGGCGGCGUUGAACGCCCAACUCGCCCGGACCAUCGAGACAAAGAUUGACCUGGAAAAUCAGGUGAUCCUCUGCAGCAACAAGCUCAUUCGAGCGGAAAAGCUCAUCAGUGGUCUGGGGGGAGAAAAGAACCGUUGGAUUGAGUGCGCCGCGAAUCUACAGCGAGCCUACGACUGUCUUCCUGGCGACGUGCUCAUAUCUUGCGGUAUGAUAGCCUACCUCGGACCGUACACCAGCGCCUACCGUCUCGAGAGCCUCGUCAAGUGGACCGAGUACGUGGGCCAGCUGCAGAUCCCCCGAUCCGAGGACUACAGCUUCGUCGGAGUCCUCGGCUCUGAGAUUAAAAUCAACUCGUGGAACAUCUACGGUCUACCGAGGGACUCCUUUUCCACGGAGAACGCCAUCAUCAUGGACAACACCAAGCGCUGCAGCCUGUUCAUCGACCCUCAGAGCCAAGCCAACAAGUGGAUACGCAGCAUGGAGAAGGCCAACGCCCUCGAGAUCGUCAAGCUCACCGAUACCAACUACAUGAACAUUGUCGAGCAGUGCAUUGAAUAUGGCAAACCGGUGCUGAUUGAAAACGUGGGUGAGGAGCUUGACGCUCCCCUGGAUCCGAUCCUCGCCAAGAACAUCUACAAGGUCGCCGGUACCUGGUAUAUAACACUCGGCGAAAAGUCACUCGAGUACAGUCUGGACUUCCGACUCUACGUAACGACGAAGCUGCGCAAUCCCCAUUACCUACCCGAGGUGUUCAACAAAGUGACUCUGAUAAACUUCGCCCUGACCAUCGAGGGCCUCGAAGACCAGCUCCUCGGUAUCGUCGUCGCCAAGGAGCGCCCCGACCUCCAGGAGAAGCGCGAGUACCUGAUCGUCGAGGGCGCGGCCAACAAAAAGGCUCUCAAGCAGGUGGAAGACAACAUCUUGAGAACCCUGUCGACCGCGGGCGCGAGCAUCCUCGAGGACGAGGAGGCCAUCGAGAUCCUCGACUCAUCCAAGACUCUGUCGAUCGACAUCCAGCGCAAGCAAGUCACGGCCAAGGACACGGAGCUGAAAAUCGAGGCCUUUCGUCAGCGUUACCAGCCCAUAGCCAAGCACAGCGCGGCCCUUUACUACACGAUCACGGAUCUGCCCAACAUCGAUCCCAUGUACCAGUACUCGCUCGCGUGGUUCAUCAACCUCUACGUCAUGUCGAUCGAAACCGCCAACAAGAGCAACGUGCUUGAAAAGAGGCUGGCCUUUCUCCGCGAGACCUUCACCUACAACCUCUACCAGAACGUCUGCCGGUCCCUCUUCGAGAAGGACAAGGUCCUGUACUCGUUCAUCCUCUGCACGACGAUAAUGCAAGCUAACGGCCUGGUCUCGCGGGACGAGAUGGCCUUUUUCCUCACGGGCGGGCUGGUCCUGCCCCUCGCGAGCGCACGACCAAACCCCGCACCCGCCUGGCUCUCGGACAAGUCCUGGGAUGAGAUUCGACGCUCGGCGAACCUCGAGACUUUCGCCAGACUCCCCGGGGAGUUCGACCCAACCGCCUGGAAGCCGUUCUACGACGCCGUCAACCCAGAAGACGCCAGCCUUCCCGAGCCUUGGGAGUCCCGGCUUGAUGACUUCCAGAAACUCGUGGUCAUGCGGAUGCUCCGGCCCGACAAGGUCAUCCCAAAGGUCGUGCAGUUCGUGAGGAAGUCCAUGGACGCGCGCUACGUGACGCCCCCGGCGUUUGACAUCGCGCGCUCGUACGCUGACUCUAACUGCCUGGUGCCUCUGAUAUUCAUCCUGUCCCCGGGCUCGGAUCCCAUGGGUGCUCUCACCAAAUUUGCCGAGCAGUCGGACUACCUGUCGCGCUUCUUCUCGAUAUCCCUGGGCCAGGGCCAGGGUCCCAUUGCUCGUGGCCUCAUCGAGCGAGCGCAAGAGGACGGGCUGUGGGUGUGCUUGAACAACGUCCACCUGGCGGUCUCAUGGAUGUCCGAGCUCGAGAAGAUCUGCGAAGGUCUGGACUUUGCCAAUACCUCCAGGAACUUCAGACUCUGGCUUACGAGCUAUCCAUCGGACAAGUUUCCGAUUGCCGUGCUGCAGAACGGCGUAAAGAUGACAAACGAGCCCCCGAGUGGGUUGCGGCAGAACCUCGCGAGGUCAUACGCUUCCGAGCCGGUUAAGGACCUGGAGUUUUUCACCGGCUGCCCCGGAAAAGAGAGAGCCUUUACGCGGCUCCUCUACGGGCUCUGCUUUUUUCACGCGGUCGUACAGGAGCGCAGGAAUUACGGCCCACAGGGCUGGAAUAUACCAUACGGUUUCAACGAGUCGGACUUUCAGAUAUCGGCGCAGCAGCUGCAGAUCUUCAUCAACGAGUACGACGAGGUGCCCUUCAAGGCGAUACUGUACCUCACGGGCGAGUGCAAUUACGGGGGUCGCGUGACCGACGAUCGGGACCGCCGGUGCCUCACCACGAUCCUCCUCGACUUUUACAACGCCGAGGUCGUGAAUAACCCCGACUACGUGUUCUUGGCCGGCGCGGGGCGCGAGUACUCGCUACCAAAAAAAUGCGAGUACGAGGAUUACAUAAGGCAGAUAGAAUUGAUCCCAAGCUACCCACCGCCGGAAGUGCUUGGCCUGAACAUGAAUGCUGGCAUAACUCGUGAUCUCGACAUAUCGAAGAACUUUUUCGACUCUCUGGCCAGCAUGCAGGGCGGAGUCAGCGUGGGGGACGCAGCCAAGCAGGACGAGCUGCUGUUGAGCAUAAAAGCCGACAUCUACGAGCGCCUGCCCGAGCUCUUCGACAUCGAAGAGGCCCAGCGACGGCACCCGGCCUCCUACUCCGAAUCCAUGAACACGGUGCUCAUACAGGAGAUGGAGCGCUACAACGUGCUGCUCAAGGAGGUGAGAGGCUCGCUGGCGAUGCUCGAGCGCGCGGUACGGGGCAUGAUCGUCAUGACCCCCGAUCUCGAGACAAUGUCGGCGUACAUACUCUCCGGGAAGAUACCGCCCUCGUGGCGUCGAGCUAGCGCCUACCCGAGUUUGAAGCCGCUCGCGAGUUUCGUCAACGAUUUUCUCGAUCGGUUGGCUUUCUUCCAAAAGUGGAUGGACCAGGGCAAACCGCCGACGUUCUGGAUCUCAGGAUUCUCCUUCGUGCAUGCGUUUCUCACCGGCGCGACUCAGAAUUACGCCCGCAAGUACAAGAUCUCGAUCGAUCUCGUGGACUUUGACUUUCAGGUCCUACCGCGCCACGAGUCGAAGCAGGGUCCCGAAGAUGGAGUGUACGUGUACGGCAUGUACCUAACGGGGGCGCGCUGGGACGUGGGGAAGAUGAAGCUCGGCGAGGCUCGGGCCAAGGUACUGCACGACGCGAUGCCCCUGGUCUGGCUGAAGCCGAGCAAGCGCGCCAACAUCAAGGACCGCGGGAGGUACCUCUGCCCGCUUUACAUAACGUCCGAGCGGUUUGGCACCCUCAAGACCACCGGACACUCGACUAACUACGUGCUCUCGAUUCUGCUGGAUACCGAGGUGCCGGCUGCCCACUGGGUCAAACGGGGCGUCGCGCUGCUCUGCCAACUCGACGACUGA